UGUCACUCGUGUCAUAAUUGUGUCAAUAGACUUGUUAUUCUUAAUUGAUGGUUUAGCGUCAGUAUUAACAGUAUAAUACAGUUUUUAUAGUUUCUAAUAGAAGUACAAUAAAAACUCAUCAAUCAUGGCGAAAAUGGCUUUUCAACACCAAGCCGGCACGGCUAUGGAAUGCCUCAGUAUUCCAAUUACACUUCAAAAGGAAGCUGGCGUAGACGCUGAAGGUCGAGAAGUAAUGAAAUGUGGUUUCAAAAUAGGUGGCGGAAUUGAUCAAGAUUUCCGUAAAAGUCCUCAGGGAUACACUGACAAUGGUAUCUAUGUAACAGAAGUGCAUGAAGGGAGCCCAGCGGCAAAGUCAGGAUUAAGAAUGCAUGAUAAAAUUCUCCAGUGCAACGGCUACGACUUCACCAUGGUAACACAUAAAAAGGCCGUCAGCUACAUAAAAAAACAUCCUGUACUUAACUUACUUGUAGCAAGAAAAGGAGUCACAUCCACAUAAUGAUGUGACAUAAAAUGAAUUUAAUUUGGAGUGCAUUCAAAAAGUAUUGUAAAUGUGAUUUUAGUGUUAUUUAUUUUUAAUAAUAUUAAGUUUUCAUUAUAUUUAAACGGUGGAGUACUCAUAGAAGUAAUUGUUAAUUAUAGUUUUAUAUUUUGGUAACUUAGGAGAGCUUAGUGAGUUACCAUAUUUUACUUAAUUUAACAGCUUGACAAACAUUUGGGCAAGCUGGGCAAGGGAUAAAUGAGCUACUUAGUUUGAAUUGAAUCAUGUAUAGAUAAUACAAAUUCAAUAUAUUUAAAAUUAUUUCAUCUAUUUAUAAAUGUUGUUGUAUUCAGUAAUUUAAAUUUAUGAGAUAUUGUAAUGUUAUUAAUUUGUAUUUUCGAACUUUUUUUUUUUUAAUUUUGUAACGAACAUUCCGUAUAUUAUUCAUUGUGCCAAAUUUAAGUGAUUAUGCAAUUGAUGUUUUUGAGAUAAGUAAAUUUUUUUUCUUCACCAAGUCAUUUCAACUACAAUUCCAGCCUUUUUUUACAGAACAUACUACAUUUUAUAAGUAACUAUACAUACUAAUGACGUAAAACCAUUGACUACUUAAGUUAUUUGUGUAUAAUGCAUGUAAUACUCCCAAUAUUUAUUUUAUAACUUAACUUUACAUAUAAGGCCUAGUAUUAUUUGGUAAGUGAAUUUUUGUAUGAAUUUAAUUGAAUGCCCUCUGUUAAUCUUAAUUCAUAAUGAACUGUUUUAAACUUUUAUGCAUUUGUUGAGUGCGAGUCUAUUAUUUUAAAAGUUCUCUGCUUCAAUACAUAUAUUUUACAAUCCUAUUUCUUGGAUGCAAUUUUAAGCUUUUUCUUAUGUACUAUUGUGCAAAUGUAAUGUAAAUAAUUUGUAAACAUUUUAACAUGUGCUUUACGGUAACACUGCCAGAUUUUUAAAGGAACAUUUACGAUGUACUUAUAUUUUCUUUGAAUACAUAUAUACUUUAUUUUGGGUACUUUUUGUAGAUUUCAUGUGAACAGUGUUUUUUUUUUAUAGAAUAGUAGUUUUGUAAUUGUAGUGACACAUGGGAAAUGUUGUGAAAUAUACAGUGUGUAUUUUUUUUUGUAAUUGUAUAGUUUUAUGUUGCUGACUACAUAAUAAAAAAAUGGAACCUUUGUUCUGUAAGUGUUUUUCAGGAAUAAAAAUGUUAUUGAAAA